UCGAAAUGGCUGUCGUUGUGAAGUCGUGUUGGCUUGGUGGCGAGGAAUUGUGUGAGUUUUAUCGUAUUUUGAGUGCAAUGCAUCAGGUGAAAUCGUGUUAAAGUGAUUACUCGUCUCUUUUAAUAGUGUUCCAAUAGGUAAGUUGGCAUAAAAAUGGCUGUUGUUAAUGAUUGUCAAGAAAGCUUUGCUAUGGCGGAUGAAUGCUCUGUAAAAAAUAACCACGAAUCAAAUGAUUCAUCAGUGCUACCUGGCGGAGAACCGAUGAACUCGCACGUUUUAAAAUCUAGCGGGAAUGAAAAUGUUGACACAGAACCUUGUGAAAGAAAAAAGAAAACAAGACGAGGUAAGCCCAAGCGUAAAAAUCCUUAUAAUAAAGAAGGUAAUGAAUCAAGAAAAGCAGUUAAUCGAACAAAAAAUCGACCUCGUUUUGCAUGCCGUCAUGCAGAUGCACCAUAUAAUACUAAUGAGUUUCUUAUGGAAGAUCACAAUACCUUUGUAAAACUUAAUUCUCCUCCAACAGCUAAUAUUGGCCAUCAAAGGUCCCCAAGAGUUAGAGAUCCCAGUUUUACAAGUGUUGAUUCAGAUGAGGACCAUUUUUAUUCAUCACCAGAAGAUGAGGAAGAGUUUUUGACUAAAGAAUUUUCUAACACUUACCAAGAUCUGCAUGUAGAGACCUUACAAAGUAUGAGCAAACCUGAGUUGAUACAACAAGUAUUGCAAUUGGAAGAAAAAUUGGAUAUAUUGGAAAAAAGAUUGGGUACAGGUAGUCGAUUAAAGAAUGAGAAAGAUGACAAAAUAAAAUCUAUGUCGGAGAAUUUGACUGAAGAUGGCAUCAGUGGUGAAGAGAUUGUCAGUAACUUGCCAAUAGACAAAAUCAAACAGUUUCAGUUAGAAAUAGGAAGACUGCGAUUAGAGAACGAAAAAUUACAAAUUGAAAAUGAAAGGUUAAGGAGGCGUAAUAGGUCCUCCUCUGUCAGCUCUGUCGAUUCUGAAAGUGACAGUACAACAUCAUCACCAAGUAGUGUCAGUGACUUGUCUGAUAAAGAAGAAUUAAUUCAAUGCAAUGAGAAUGAAGAUAUGGAUGAUUCAAGAGAAAAGAGUAGUGCCAUUGAAGAAUCAAAUAAUGCCGACAUUGUGAUGGAAGAUAAAGACACAAAAUAAGAAUGUUUUUUGUGGCAUAGAUUCAAGACUCGUUAAAUUUGUAUAUAAUAGGCUAAGUAAAAUUGUGAUAUUUAUGAACAGUCAUGUUAAGUUAGUAUACUGGUACAUUAUGAGAACUGAAUCAAGUUAAUGAAUUCCAAACAUUUUUACCAUCAGAACAAAGUGUAUGUCACAAGUUUGAAAAGCUUUAUAAACAGGUUUUCAUGGCUUGGACGGAACUGAAUGUACAAAAUGAAUGGUGUUUAAUCUUAACUGUGGAAAGAAGGAACUAUUUCUGUCAAAACCUUGAAGCUAAAAAAGCCAAUGACGCUUACUCUGUGAAAUUAAGCGAACCAGAUGCCUGUCUUCAAACCAUUCCUUCGUGUGGCACCCUUAGUAUUUUAGCAAGAUUUAAAUUUAGUGUGCAUUUAAGAUAUGGUUUACUUGAAGUUGAGUUUUUUUUUUUAUAUCUUGUUAUGUAUGUUUCCGAAUACCUACAAACCGUAGGUCUUUAUUUAAAUGCAGAUAAACAUCCUUGUUUUUCAAGUAUAGAAUAUAAGACUGAUUAGUUGGUUAUGCAUUUGCAAAUUUGACCGUACUGCAAUGUCAACACUUUAAUUUGGUUCCAAAAUUUUGAUUUGUUUGAUUUAUGAAUAAAAAAUAUUUAACCUUUGAACCAUUAAAGAUAAAGUGGAUUUUAAUUUAUGAUAAAUAAUAUCUGUGUUGGUAAUGUAAAUAGUGUACUUAAUUCUGUACAGUUUGUACAAAAUCAUACAUUUAAAUAGCCCAACCUGUAAAUUAGCUUUACUGUAUCUUUAAUUUUAUCAGACUAGAACAUAGAAUUAUCUUAUUUAUCUGAAAAUAUUCUUAAACAUUAAUUGUUUGAAUCUGUUUGAACAACCAACCAAACAAACUACGUUGUUUAUUGAAGAAAUGCUUGUUAAGGACUAAUUUUUUGUGCCGUAUUUAUAAAAUGCUUUUUUUAUUUAUGAUCCAAGAUGCUAUUCAAUUCAAUCUUUCUUAGCUUUCUAAUAAAGGGUUAUACAUGUAGCUAUCUUUAAUACUCUGUAGCAUCUAUUUAACAUCAAAAAAGAUAUUUUGGUAAACAGAUCCUGGAAGCAUAAUUGUGUUUUAAAUGUUUUUUUUUUUUAGGUUAUUAGUUUUUAAGUCUAGUUUUCGCUUCCCAGCAGAUUAAAAUGUUCAGAUUUGUACAUACAGCACAAUAAUUGAGUUACUUUAAUAUUUUGUAGAUUGGUAUAAAUGUGACUUACGAAUAAGUCAAUUACGAAUGUGUUGGUAAUUUCUAUGUCUACAAUAGCUUACAUGUUUGACCACUUUUUUAGUAAACAACUACUGUUUUUCAAUUAGGUUUGAUUUUAAAAACUGUUAUUAAGAUAGUAAACUGUUAGAAAGAAUAACUUAGGCUACUUAUGUUUUGUUAGUUAAGAAGAUUUCAAAUAUAAGUUCUCAUUAGAAUUAACAUUUUUCAAAUUCAUUCUUCAGUAUUUGAACUGCUUGUAUAGUAAAAAUGAAUUUUUAUUAAAAUUUAUGUUCGU